AUGGAGGCCUCAAUUCACACUGUACACUUGCAUUUUGCUGGGCAACAACAGCAGCGUCUAAUGUGCGUCAAGAUUUGCCGACAUCAUCGGUGCGAGAGAGAGAGAGAUAGAGAAAGAGAGAGAGAGAGAGAGAUAGUUGGAGAGCAAGAGUGCCUCAUAUUCGGCCGGCUUGACCGAGCGGCCAAGCAACAUGGGAGCAUAUCACAUUCACAUGGUGAUUUCACUCUGCUCAGCCUCCAUUUGAGUCAGCAAGACUGUUUAUUUACUUGUCUCAAUCCGACUGACUGCAUCUCUUCCCAGCUCCAGUUGAGGCAGACCGGUGCUUGUGUUUUAUCUUCUCCACACGAAUGGACGCAUGUGAACAGCAUUCCCACCCAUGCCCGCAAUUGGACGCUGAUGAUAUGUAUGCAGGAGGCUGGAAGCAGGGAAGUAACUCACCGCUAUUUCAAAGUGGUGCAUCAAGCUCAACUUACGGACAAUAAAGCGGACUGGGCUUGUGGGGCAGAUUCACCCACGGCCACUUUGCCCUCCUCUCGUCCUCCUCCGGUCCCGGUCGCAAGGCGAGGCCAAGCAUUGAUACGCAAACACUGUCUCUAA